CGUGGUUGUUAAGGCCAGUUGUCGCAAACGCCGGACAAAGAAAAGGGGAUGAAAAAAGAUAGGUAAGGUUGAGAGUAUGUGAGAAAGAUGCGUGGCUAAUCUGCAACAGGUUGGGCCUCUCAGUAUAUUCCCGAGACACAAGUCUAAAAGGGACCUAUCUUUUUCUCUUGUCCUCUCGAUAUUACCCACUCCCUCACUUUACUCAUCCAUUAACUGCGUUGACCACACACCCUUCUUAAUAAUGGCCAACGCAGGUCUGGUAAUUGCGUGUGCAGUAGAAACGGUAGCAAUAGUGGCGGCGGCGGUUGUUAGGGCAUAAGGACAUUGACCAGCUGCCUUCACCUCCUAGGAUCAUUGUCUCCUGGCAGAGGUCCUUAUGAAUGGAAAGUAUACCAACAAAGAAAACAAUCUCAACAAGCCCUUGGUUGUUGCCCGCGUCAUUUAUUCAUGUCUCAUGUCUCUUCAAAUCGACAGCCACAUACCCAUUUACCACAAGAGGCAGUUGGCUCAUCAGAUCAUCGUCGGCACCGUCUUUCGGCAUCACUUUUUUUCUUUGGAUGUCAGACGUUAGACCCCUGAGGGCUUUUGUAGGUGUACUGUCGUGUAUGUUGCCGUAUUGGACUCCGCUCUUUGGACUGCUUGUCCUCCCCACACACCGACACACUUCGCUUGGUCCUUUCCUCGUUUGCGAAGAACAUGACUGGAGCUAGUAGCAGCGAAUCUUCUUCCCCUACUUCUCCAAAUGACCGGUCGUCUCUCCCGACUACAUCAACUACAACGACGGCCAGUCCCACGACACGAAGUAAGACUCAGCAGGCCGCGAUGGCAAUGAGUCGUCGAGAUGAUAGAGAGGAAUCAGCAGCAACAACGGCAGCACCACCGAGAUCAAAUCCCGUACCGGCAUCAAGCACACAUCCCCCCGAUGAUUCAACAGAAACUACAAAACCGCACCGAAAACGAGCAUACUCCAUUGACGUCGAAGAGGCAAACCAGCCUCGGAUUCAAGACCUUAGACUCUACACUCCUAAUACAGCAACAUCGAAUACGAGUGAAGGGCCAAGGGAGUUGAUAUGCCUCUGUACCAAGGCACCUAAGGUUCCUAGGCCACGAAACGCGUUCAUCCUUUAUCGGCAACACUACCAAGGCCAAGUCGCCGCCCGGCAUCCGGGACUCGCCAACCCGGAGAUUUCUAAGCUCAUCGGUGAGCAGUGGAGAGAACAGCCCGAAGAGAUAAAAAACAAUUGGAAGAGGCUCGCCGAAGAGGAGAAGAUCCGCCACCAACGCCAGUACCCUGAUUACAGAUACCAACCCCGUCGGGGAGGCAAGACUGCUAGCAGUAGGCCUUUGCCCGCGACCGGCGAGGAUCCCGGCCAUUGUCCUAAGUGCGGUGGCCGCUACAUCGCGACUCCGAGAACGCCCUCUACCCCUUUUAGCGCAGCGACGCCUGAUAUCGCGAGACCGGCCCCGAAUAUGCCUCCUUAUGUAACACCAAAUCCUCGAGUGAUUGAGACGGAUCACCUCCGGCGAGGAUCUGCUUCCAGCACGAUGUCCCUUGAUCAUGAUCGUAGGUUCACGCAACCGCAUUUACAUAACAUUGAAGAGGACUACUCGAUGAUGUCUCCAAUGGCCGCACCGAUGGACCCCAAACGACGCCGGUUUAAUGGGCCGAACAUAUUUGUGCCCGGAUCACCUCCUAUGGGCUAUAUUUCGGCGGACCCUCGUGACCCGCGUUUUCAACGUCAGUCGGUAGCCGGCCCGCCCAUGUCAGCAGCUGGUUACGGACCUGGCCCAUUACCUAGACCGGGCGUACAAUACCAUCAGCCUAAUUACGCCAACCAUCCUCAUAUGCAACCUCCGCCACGACCUCCAAUGCAAUACCAGCCUGUUCAGACGCCAAGCCGUCCUAGUAAUGCCUUUGAUGAAUCACUUAGAUUACCCCCCUUACAGACCCAGAUUCCAAACUCGCCCGCGAUGAGCUCAGAGACAGGAUCAGCACGUGGAGUUUCCGCUGCUCAAUCUGCCCAUGGCACUGGCCUAGGGAUUGUUAAUGGAGCCAACGUCCCUACGAGACAACCACAACCACAGCCACAGCCACAACAGGUACCUCCACGAUGGUCAUUCUUAUUGAAGCUUGAGAUACUGCGCUCGAUUAGCCCUCCUCUAAAGCCACCAGGUCCCGGAGGACCCAUAUUUGAAACGCGAGGACCUCUUAUCGCCAUCGAAGGUGCGGCGCCCUCCAUACUAAAGGAGGUGGCUUCCGUGGUGGAGAAGGCGUUAUCCGUCUCAGGCGAAUACGCUGUAAAGACUUGGACAGAUGAUACCCAGACACAACCGAGCGGAGGAGACACGGAAGGAAAGAAUAACAAUAGCGGAAAUGAGAGCCAGCAACUAGCAGAAAAGAGCCCCCCGAAACGAUCAAUGCUCCUGAGCCCGUUAGCCACUUACGUUGCCAGGAUGUUGAAGUGGCACAAGACGUCCGAAGAGUUGAUCAAGUACAUGACGAGUUAUGCACCAUCAAUAAGUGGGACGGAUACCGAGAUGGGAGAAGGCGAUAAACCGGCUGAAGAUAUGUCAUCAAAGCCCAAUCUCAGAUUACCAGUUGCGGUUAUAUCAGACGGCUAUAGUCUGACUGUUUCGGAUAAAUAUGCCAGCUCACUGCAUGUUAACGAUGCGUACCGUGCGGACGACCAUUGGCAGUGGGUAGCAACGCUAUGGCGCGGGAUCAUCGGAGCAGACCUAACGAUCUAUGUCAAGAAGACAUCUGAGCCGGCAGAGAUCCAAGGCAAUAACUGCGUCGAGUUCGUCAACUCGGCUGUCAUGGUACUACGCAUGGCGGAGGGCAAGGGUGUGGAUGAGAAGCUAGAACGACGGCUCGGCUUCGAGAUACUCGAGUGGGUGCGUAGCGGCAGUUUCAAGGCUGGCUUUGCAACGCGGUCAUAGAACUGGUGAAGCGGACAUUGUCUAUUAAGACGGUUGAAAAUAGAGUAUGGAUCCAAGUUCAAUUCGUUGAAUACUGCAUGGCUUUUCUGAUGAAUAUUUUACACUUGUACGUACGGAGGAAAGGGAUCACAGCGCGGAAGGAAAGGAGACCAAUGAAAUAUGUUGUAAAUGCAAGGACCAUACCCUACAUAGAGCCCAUAAUUUAUAAGAUCACUUGGCUUUUUUCUUUUCAUGAUUCUGCAAAGCCAAUAAAAAUGAGACGUCUUAGAAGCAUGAAGUAGGGGGGGAGUGGGUUAUUGAGUCUCAAGGUAAGAUGUGGAGGAUUGCUAUUCCAUAGACUGGACAUCUAGGCAAGUCUAUGGAGGUACUGAGGGAGCUGGCAAUUUGAUUAGUAGAUUCUUAGGAAUUUUGGAUUCCGAAUUGCUCGGUAUCGACAAAUAAUGCUUUUGACGAUGUGGAGUGAAGUUGAUAUUAGAGACAUGUGACGAGGAUGCAAAGCAUAACACAGU